GGUAAAAAGAUAGGUCAUAAAUCUGAAGAACGCAUGUUCUGACGCUGAAAUACACAUAAUCCAUACAACACCUAUGCUUCAUAGUAUGCUAAUACUUCUAGAAUCAUUUUUCAGUAUCUAAGAAUGUCUCUUGGUCGGGCCAUGUCAGCAAUUUAACCUUCUGUUUUAUGAGCACGUGUCAUUCAUUUAUGCUCAUUUCAAGCAAGUUACAUGCAAAUUGUCCCAAAAAAAAUAUAUGAAAUUCUACUUAAUCAAAUUAUAAAUUCAACAUUUAGCAAUUUCAAAACAUAAAUUUAUUUUUCAACUUUAUUCUAUUCGGCAGAAUUUUUCUUAGAAGAAUAAUGGCUCAAUUACUGUCUCCAUUUUACACUGAAGCUCUCAAAAUCAACAAUCCAUCACUGAAUUUAUGUUCAAAAACCUCAUGGAGGAAGUUGACAAAGCAUGCAAGUCCUUGUUCCUUAGCUAUGGAAAGUGAUAAGAGAAGAAAGUGUGGGAGGUUAAGAGUUGAAGCUGAGGAUUCAGUUUAUCCGGUUGAUACUACUGCAGAUGACUAUUAUGCUGUUCUUGGUCUGUUUCCAGAUGCUACACCAGAGCAGAUCAAGAAGGCCUACUACGAUUGCAUGAAAGCUUGUCACCCGGACUUGAGCGGCAACAAUCCUGAAACGACUAAUUUCUGCAUGUUCAUCAAUGAAGUUUAUGCAGUGCUCAGUGAUCCCAUUCAGAGAAAUGUUUAUGAUGAAAUUCAUGGCUAUUCUUUAACUUCAACCAAUCCUUUCUUCGAUGAUUCUUGCCCGAAGGAUCAUGUUUUUGUUGACGAGUUCAGUUGCAUAGGCUGCAAAAAUUGUGCCAAUGUAGCACCUGAUGUGUUUGCAAUGGAGGAAGAUUUUGGAAGAGCCAGAGUAUUCAGCCAGCGAGGGAACCCUGAGUUAGUUCAACAGGCAAUUGACAGUUGCCCUGUUGACUGCAUUCAUUGGACAUCUGCUGCACAGCUAUCAUUACUCGAAGAUGAAAUGCGCCGUAUAGAAAGAGUCAAUGUUGCCCUAAUGCUUUCAGGAAUGGGAUCAGCCUCGUUUGAUGUUUUCAGAAUGGCGAGGUCGCGAUGGGAAAAGAGACAGUCAAAAGUCUUGGAACAAGCAAAAAUGAGAAUGAUGAGGCAGGAAAGUUCUGGUAAAACAGAUUCUUAUUGGGACAAUCUUUGGGGUCAACCAAAAGACUAUCAAAAUUCAGAAGAUGAAACUAAAGAAAGAGCGGAAAGAGCCGCCGCAGCGGCACGGCGAUGGAGGGAAUACUCAAGGAAGGGUGUUGAUAAACCUCCCAAAUUUAAACUUCCAGAGGCAGAACCUAGCAAGGACAAGUGACCAAAACUUUCCAUAAACCUUUCUAUAACAUUCAGUAGAGAUAUUUAUUUCUCACUCAAUUAGAAAUAAUUGUACAUGCAGUCUAAUUAAGGUGUAUAUAUAUUGAUCAAGUAAUAGCUAGAAUGCACAUUUUUCAAGGUGAAUAAGUGUGGUGUUCGGAGUUUGAAUUCUAGCCCCUACAUAUACAUGUCUCUGUCAACUGAAUUAUGC